GUGCCUGUCCGUGUCGCUCGCGAAAAGAUUUAUUUAAUACUUUCCAUGAACUUGCACAAACCGGAACUUGCUGAAAAUUAGGCAAGUCAGUUGUUAAUUGUGCUCGUUAUGCAAAAACAAUAAGCAUUAACUGCUGUGCGCGUAAAGUAUGUAAGAAUAUCGCAGUUUUGUGUCCAGCGUAGCCCAACGAAAAGCAAAGAGAAAAAGCGAGUGGCAGAUUUUUUUUCUGUCUACCUACACAAACAUACGUAUACAUAUACUUCAGUAUAUGAAUGCGUGUAUGUGUAUAUCGAAGAGCGCAGUGCCUGUUUCUGUGUGUGUGUGUGUGCUCCGUGUGAAUAAUCGCUGAAGAAUAAGAAUAUUAAAUUUCUCGCUUCGUAUAAACAUUAAUUUCACUAGUAUUUGCAUUCAAUAUAAUAAAUGAAAUAACAUAAAAUCAGUGCAAGUGCGUGCCGCGCCCGUUUACCAAACGUUACACACAUACGCCAACCGCUCACACACAUACACAUACAUACGCGCUCACUCACAAAAGAGAAAAGUUGUGUGGCCAGCAACAAAUACGAUUUGUUAGCCAAAUAGCUUUUUUUUCGUAAUUGUAGAACUUAAACUCUGCUUCUUUUUGUCCAUUAAUUUUAGAACAACGCGCAAAUAAUUUAAAUUCUAUGCUUAGUCAACUUAAUAAGAAAAAUAAAAAAAACAAAACAACAAUAAAAAAGCAGCAUACAAAUUAUUGAAAUAAAAUAAAAAAACAACAUAGAAGUGUCGGCUCAGUGUGCGUAUAUGUGUGCGUGCGUGUGUUGGUGUGCAUAGCCUGCAUAGCAGUGUGUGUGUGUGUUUGUGUCAAGUAGCAUCAGCAGUCGCCAGCGCCGCCGCCGCAGCAGGCAGAAUAACAAAAAAUAGCAAAUCAAAAUGGCGCACCAGCAGCAACAGCAACAACAACUGGCACAAUCGGUGAAUUGUUCAUUGGAUGAUAUCGAUUUGACGGCACUAAAGGAUCCGGCUGGCAUCUUUGAGCUCAUCGAGGUCGUUGGCAAUGGCACCUACGGCCAGGUCUAUAAGGGCCGUCAUACAAAAACUGGUCAGUUGGCUGCCAUAAAGGUGAUGGACGUCACCGAGGACGAGGAGGAGGAAAUAAAGCUGGAGAUCAAUGUGCUUAAGAAAUACUCAAAUCAUCGCAACAUUGCCACCUAUUAUGGUGCAUUCAUUAAGAAAUCGCCGCCCGGCAAGGACGAUCAACUCUGGCUGGUUAUGGAAUAUUGUGGUGCUGGGUCCGUUACCGAUCUGGUCAAGUCGACCAAGGGUCAGAGCCUCAAGGAGGAAUGGAUCGCGUACAUUUGCCGUGAAAUCUUGCGCGGCCUCAGCUAUUUGCAUUCGAACAAAGUCAUCCAUCGCGACAUCAAGGGCCAGAAUGUGCUGCUCACCGACAAUGCCGAGGUUAAGCUCGUCGAUUUUGGUGUCUCCGCGCAGCUGGAUCGCACGAUAGGCAGACGCAACACGUUCAUUGGUACACCCUACUGGAUGGCGCCAGAGGUCAUUGCCUGUGAUGAGAAUCCCGAAGCCACGUACGACAAUCGCUCGGAUUUGUGGUCUCUGGGCAUUACGGCACUGGAAAUGGCUGAGUCACAGCCGCCGCUCUGCGAUUUGCAUCCGAUGCGUGCACUUUUCUUAAUACCACGCAAUUCGCCGCCGCGUCUCAAAUCCAAGAAAUGGUCCAAGAAGUUUCACGGCUUCAUUGACACGGUGCUAGUGAAGGACUAUCACCAGCGGCCUUACACCGAGAAUCUGCUGAAGCAUGCAUUCAUUAAGGAUCAGCCGACGGAUCGGCAGGUGCGCAUACAGCUCAAGGAUCACAUCGAUCGCUGCAAGAAACGCAAGCAGGAGAAGGAGCGCGAAGAUUAUCGCUAUUCCGGCUCCGACAACGAUGACGACGAGCCCCAGCUGGCCGGCGAGCCCAGCUCCAUCAUACAGGCGCCCGGCGGCGAUACAUUGCGUCGCAACUUCCAGCAAAUCCAGGAGGGACGCCUGGCCGUCGAACAGCAACAGCAGCACCAUCAGCUGCUCGCCCAGGCGCAGGCACAGGCCGCCGCCGCGCAUGCCGCCGCCCAGGCCCAGCUGCAUCAGCAGCAACAGCAGGCAGCGGCCGCAGCCGCCGCCGCGGCCCAUGCAGCCCAACAGGCGCAGGUGGCCCAACAGCAGCAGCAGCAACAGGCGCAGGCCCAACAGCCGCAGGCCAAUCGCCAACAGAAACCACCAUCGCGCCAGCAGAUCGAGGAGCCGGGUCCGCCGGCACGGCCACAAUUGCCGCAGCGUCUGAUUGUGGUGCCAGAUCCACCGCACGCCAAUCGGCCAUUGCCACCGACACCCAAGUGCGGCGAGCCCGUGGCUCAAACGCCGCCACAACAGCAACAGCAGCAGCGCAGCUCGCAGAACAAUUUCAAGCCAUCGUUACCACCAAGGAGACCUGAGGAUCAUUUGGAUGUGUUAGCAGCACAAUUAAAUGAAUUGGGCGUGGUCUCCUCCCAACAGCCGCAGCCACAGACAGCAGCAGGCGUUGGACAAUUGCAGCAGCAGCAACAGGCACAGCCGGAGGCGCCGCCGCGCAGCAAUCGACAAUCGGGCGCAUCCGCCGGCAACGGGGCCAUCUGUGUCUCGGCCUCAUCCUCGUCCGCUUCGAAGCCGGCGGCUGCAUUGCCACAGCAGGCGAACAAUCAUUUGGGACAGCCCGUCAAUCCGCUGGAUCCGCUCGAUAGCAGCGACUCGGAUAGCGAACCGGAUGAGCCCAACGAUCGGGCACGCAACGAUGGCACGCUUCUGGCCAGCGAUCCGCCCAAGCCGCUGCCCGGCCUGGGACCCGUCUCCGAGGACACAACAACAACAACGACCACACCGCUGACCCACGGCAGCGGCGGACCCCCGAAUCGACCCUUGCCACCGACACCGGACGACGACGAUCAGGCCGGAGAUCGUACGCUGAUCAUGAAGCGCAAAUUAGAACAAAACAUAAAUCGCUUACAAAAAUCGGCAUCCACAUCGCAUGCGCCAAAGCGAGCUGAAGACGCGAAGCUUUUGCGCGAUUGGGACUUAGAUAAAUUCGUUUCCAAGAAAGUGAACGGCAGCGGCGGCGCUAGCAGCAGCAGCGGCAGCGGCAGUAGCAGCACAGCCAGCCUCAGUCGCAGCUCGUUUCUGAGCACGCUGAAGGUGGAGGCGAAGCUGCAGCGCGCCAGCGUCGCCGAGCCCAUAGCACGACCCGUGCCCAAAGGCUUUCAGCCGCUUAAAGGCGCCAGUUCGUCGACUGGCGUCAGCAUUGCCAAAGAGCGCAGCAGCAGCAGCAACUCAACGCAGCAGCCGACGCAGCCGUCGCAGCCGCAGCACAAGCGCCAGGAAUCCGACUCCAAGUUGCCGAGCUUUGUGCGCGGCUUUCGACGCGAAAAUUCCGACUUUUUCCCGUUAACGAAGCGACACUCGGCAGUGCUCAGCGGCGGCGGCGGCACUUCUGCCAGCAGCAGCAGCGGCAACAAUGCUCAGCUGCAGUCGCCGCAGCUAGUGCAGGCGCAGCGCGCCAGUGCCAUGUACCAAAGGAACAGCAUUUACAACAGUAGCAGCGGCAGCAAGGAGAGCAGCGCAGCCGCAGCAGCUGCUGCUGCUGCUGCUACUACUACUACUACUACUGCUAAUAAGACCAAAGCGACGUCCACUGCCAGCAAGACAACUACAAAAACAGCAGCAGCAGGCGGCGUAGCAGCAGCUGGCGUCGCAGCGCCGACCAAGUCCAGUUGGGCAAAUUUAGAUUUUCUGCGUCCGCGUCGCGAAAAGACUGAGUCUGUCAUUGUGCUGCACAAUGCAGCGGCGCGUGCGCAGCAGCAGCAGCAGCAGCAGCAACAACAACAACAGCAGCAGCAGCAGCAGAAUCGCGGCGUAGCCGUAACUGGCUCCGGCGGAGACAACGGCGGACUCGGCACCCCCGGCACCCGGACCAGCAGCGUUCUGCCCGAUCUGCUCAGCCAGGCCUCGCCGGCGACGCCUCCGCGUCACGAUAAAUCAUCCAGUGAGGAGUAUCAAGCGGCCAUUAGUUCAUCCGUGCAUUCCACGCCAUCGAAAUCGUUUAUCGCUAGCAGCAGCAGCGGCAGCGGCAGCAGCAGCGCUGCAGGCGUCGCCGUCGGCGUUGGCGGCCACGGUCAUGGCGGCGGCAGUGUUGUCGGUGGCAUAAUUAUUAGUGCUAAUAAUUCACCACAGUCAACCAUAUCGCUGGCCUCGUCCACAUCGAAUUCGCGACAAAAUUCGCCAAAGAAUUCGAUUAGUAAAACGCGUUCUUCCAGCAGUAUUACUAAUUUAUUGCAUAAAUCUGCUUCUUCCUCUUCUGCGAACAUUCUACACCUGUCACCAUCCUGUUCCGCCUCCGCCAACAACAAUACGAACGCCCACUUGCCACCGCAUGCGUACGCGCUGCAACAGAAACAACGCAGCUUUCUCACCUUUGGCUUCGGUGCCGGCGGCUCCGGUCCGACACGUCGCGAAUCCACGGUCAAUGUGAAUGUGACGCCCACCUCGCACGAGGCGGCCAAUGAUACGCCCGAAAUCCGUAAGUAUAAGAAGCGUUUCAACUCGGAAAUACUGUGCGCCGCACUCUGGGGCGUCAAUUUACUCAUUGGCACCGAGAAUGGACUCAUGCUGCUCGAUCGUUCCGGCCAGGGCAAGGUCUAUCAGCUGAUCUCGCGUCGCCGUUUCCAGCAAAUGGAGGUGCUAGAGGGCCAGAACAUAUUGGUUACCAUAUCGGGCAAAAAGAAUCGCGUGCGCGUCUAUUAUUUAUCCUGGCUGAAGUCCAAGAUCUUGCGCACCGACGGACUCUCCGAUCAAGUGGAGCGUCGCAACGGCUGGAUAAAUGUGGGUGAUCUACAAGGUGCUGUACAUUUUAAGAUUGUCAAAUACGAGAGGAUUAAGUUCCUAGUGAUUGCAUUAAAAGACUCAAUUGAAAUUUAUGCAUGGGCGCCCAAACCAUAUCACAAAUUUAUGGCAUUUAAGAAUUUUGGUGAACUGGAACAUCGCCCCCUUUUGGUCGAUCUCACAAUUGAGGAUCAGUCGAGACUGAAAGUGAUUUAUGGUUCCGCUGAGGGUUUCCAUGCGGUUGAUUUAGAUUCAGCUGAAGUAUACGAUAUAUAUCUUCCUAAGCAUACUCAGGGUGCAAUCAUUCCCCAUUGUAUUGUGGCGCUUCCAAAUUCAAAUGGCAUGCAGCUCCUUCUCUGCUAUGACAACGAAGGCGUCUAUGUGAACACUGCCGGACGUGUAUCCAAGAACAUUGUGCUGCAGUGGGGCGAAAUGCCCACCUCGGUGGCCUACAUAGGCACGGGACAAAUCAUGGGCUGGGGCAAUAAGGCAAUAGAGAUACGUUCCGUGGAGAGCGGCCAUUUGGAUGGUGUGUUUAUGCACAAGAAGGCGCAACGCUUGAAAUUCCUUUGCGAGCGCAAUGACAAAGUAUUCUUCAGCAGUGCCAAAGGUGCUUCAUCGUGUCAAAUCUAUUUCAUGACGCUCAACAAGCCGGGCAUGGCCAAUUGGUAGAGCCGCACACACCCUUCCGCAACACGUUUCUUUUGGCAACAUUCAAUAUUCAAAAUAACAACAAACAUUUUCUAAUUAUUUUACCAACAAGCUUGCAACAACAACAACA